AUGGCGGUUGCACCGAGUGCACCAGCGACAAGUGAUACCAUUGGCUGUGCUACGGGCGCUGCGGCCGUCGUGACUGUCGCUAGCAUGGCGCUACUAGGUGGCGCAGAUGUACCCGCUUGUGCAGCACUUGCGGAUGGCAAGUGCCCCAGUCAACACCUGCGUCUGAUGGGCCUUGAGAGCAUGUCCCUGGAUCGAGAUAUCCCUACUGAGAAUCACCUGCAUGGCGUUCCAGACUUGGAGGUCCGCUCUUAUUCUUCUCUCUCAUUGUAUUGA